UCUUUUAUCAUUUUCACCUCGUUUUAUUUAGUUCGUCAAGAUUCAAGCUUGCCAUGAAAUUAUCUGACAGUCCCUGUGGGUUAUUUAUUUACAGUGAUGGUAAUACAUAAAGUUUGAACCAUUUAAGUUUAUUCAUAUCUUACGAUAUGCUCGGAUUGAGAUAUUAUCGGCGUAUUAGAAACUGCUCGAAGCAAUGGUCAAAAUUCAGAUUGUUCAAGUUCGGCUCCUCGUGCGGGAAUAAAUAUUUCUGGACAGCAAAGCGAUUUCACGGAAAUUCGAACUCGCAAAGCCUAUGCAUUCCCGAGCAACCUCUGGAAUUUUGUGAACUACGAAACGGAAUGAAAGUAGUCUGCGAAUACAAGAGUUCUGACGUAACUACAGUUGGUUUUUUUUUACCCGCAGGCUCCAUGCACGAGAAAUGCGAAGAGCGUGGAGCCUCUUUGUUUAUGGAACAUUUAAUAUUUCGAGAAACACGAUGCAGAGAUCAGCUGCAGAUUGAACAAGCGUUGGAAGAAAUUGGUGGAAAACUUGGAGCUCUCGCUAUGCAUGAUAUGUUUUUGUUUUGGGGUACUGUUCCGUCCUGCGAUAUCGAAAAGCUAUUCAAUCUGUUGGGCGAUAUUAUCAACAACGGUAUUAUAGUGAACGAUGAAGUCGACAAGGAAAGAUUCACCAUUCUACAUGAACUGCAGGAGAUUGAUAUGGACGGCGAACGAAUAGUGAUGGACUAUUUAAAGAAUAUUGCUUACCAGGAUACCGAGUUGAGUAAAAGCGUGUAUCCGGAGACAUGUGCAAUAAAAUGUUUAUCAGCGGAGACCAUAUCAUCUUUCCGGGAUCGUUUUUUCAAGUUCAAUUUGAUGACAAUUGUUUGCACAGGGGGCACAAGUUUGGCUACCGUCAACAAAUGCGCCGAAGAGUACAUUAUUUGUUGCGACGAAGACUCUGCACCAUCGCCAGAUUCAUGUGAAACACAGGAUCACGUCCCGCUGCCUUUAAGUUAUCGAUUCUCAGCAAUUGACAUGAGACACAGAGAUGACGAUGAAAAAUUAGCCCACGUCGCUUUAGCAGUGGAAACACCAGGUUUUGGUCAAAUUAAUGAUCAAUAUGCACUGACGGUGGCCAAGGAUAUUGUUGGAUCUUGGGACGUGACGUGUGGUGGUGGCGAUAACAAUGCGCAGUCUGUUGCUCAUUACGCUUUCAAUUAUAAUUUGUGCCACGUUUAUAAAUCCUUCAACAUCGCCUGGGCAAACACAGGCUUGUGGGGCUGUUAUUUCGCUUGCGACAGAAUGCUGCUUCAGGAUACUUUAUGGGUUAUUCAAAAUGAAUGGUUUCGCUUGUGCACGUCGAUAACAGAAAAGGAGGUUCAGCGUGCGGUAAAUCAAUGUAAAACACGUGAAUUGGCCAAACUGAAUAGCUCCAUUGACCGAUUUUUUGAUAUUGCCGUAAGCUUGUUUCGCCAGGGUAGAUACGAACAGAUUUCCCAACGUCUGUACAAAUACGAUGAAAUCAAGGCUAACGCAAUAAGAGACAUAGCUUCUAAAUAUAUAUACGAUCAAUGCCCCGCUGUAGCAGCUUUCGGACCUGUCGAGAAUCUGCCAGACUAUACCAGAAUUCGAUCUUCUAUGUAUCGACUACGUUACUGAACUAGUUAUAAUUUCGUUUAUGCUGAUAAUCAGUAGUUAGAAUAUCUAUUGUUAGUCUAUUAUUUCCAAUCAAUACUUCGAAUCUCCAUUGUAAACAAAAUAAAUCAAACGUACACAGACGAAUAA